AGAGCAGAGAGAUCGUGCGUUUCCGGUCUCUGCAUUGAUGGGUAUUUGUUACGGCUGUUUCUCUUCAAAUCCUUCCCAUAAACCCCAUAACAGCACUAACAGCUCUUCUCUACCGUCCGUUACAACGCCCCCUACUACUUAUGUCCCUCCACCCCUCGGUCCCAAUUCCUCCUACAUUCCCUCAACGACACCGAUAACGACAGCAACUACCACAACGAUGGCCCGAUUGCCUUACGGCCACGUCGACAACAGCUUGCGGGCCCUCGCCGGGCAGGCUGAGGGUUUCGGCCGCUCCGCCAUCGGAGGCCUUCAUGGAUCCAUCUACCACGUCACCUCUUUAGCUGAUGAUGGAAAUGGAUCACUUCGUGCUGGGUGUCGUAUACAAGAACCACUUUGGAUAGUUUUUGAAGUUUCUGGCACCAUUCAUCUCAAUUCUUACUUAAAUGUAUCAUCUUAUAAGACAAUCGAUGGCCGUGGCCAGAGGAUAAAACUGAUGGGCAAGGGUUUACGUCUGAAGGAAUGUGAACAUGUCAUUGUAUGCAACCUGGAAUUUGAAGGUGGUAGAGGACAUGAUGUUGAUGGCAUUCAAAUAAAGCCCAAGUCAAGGCACAUAUGGAUAGACCGUUGCAGCCUGUGUGAUUACGAUGAUGGACUGAUUGAUAUUACACGAGAAAGCACAGACAUUACUGUUUCAAGAUGUCACUUUGCACAGCAUGAUAAAACGAUGCUUAUUGGAGCAGAUCCUACACACACUGGAGACAGAUGCAUGAGGGUGACGAUUCAUCAUUGCUUUUUUGACGGGACUAGGCAACGGCAUCCUCGUGUUAGAUUUGCAAAAGUUCAUUUAUACAACAAUUACACAAGGAAUUGGGGUAUAUAUGCUGUGUGUGCCAGCGUAGAAUCUCAGAUUCUUUCUCAGUGUAAUAUAUAUGAAGCUGGGAAGAAGAAGGAGGUAUUUAGGUAUAUGACAGAGAAGGCAGCUGAUUGUGAAGAGGCUGCAUCUGGGUGGGUAAGGUCUGAAGGUGAUCUGUUCCUAAACGGUUCUCAACCUUGUUUAGUCACCGGGCCUGGCGUGGAUUCUGUGUUUAAGGCAAGCGAAUGCUGCUCGACAUUGACUAUGGAAGCUCCGUCGGUGGGUCUGAAAGAGGUUCUCCAAAUUUGUACAGGAUGGCAGGCGAUACCGAGGCCACCGGAGAAUGUUUCAACAGCGUAAGAGGCUCCAGUCAUUUGGGUAUAUACGCUUGAGUCUGAUCUACUGCCUAUUCUAGUGGCUAAAUUGAUAGUGCUGUGUGUUAUCCUCAACCAUCGGAUCCGAAUCCGACCGUGAUCGAUUUUUGGUGUCCAACGAGCAGGUUCUGUACUUGAGCAGCUGCUGGGCUCCACUGCCUGAUCACUAUCAUAUCGGUGUAUUCUUUAUACACCAAUACUGGUAAUCUACUAUUUCUUAUACCUUGAAUACUAAUAAAACAUGGUUGCAGAAACUUACAGUUAUGGUUAAAACCCGUAAUAUGUAGAAAUUUAUGUUUUUUUUUA